AUGUCUGACAAAUAUGAUAUGGCUGAGAUUGAGAAUUCUAAUAAGUUGAAAUUGAACAAAACAGAAAUGCAAGAGAAAAAUCCACUGCCUUCCAAAGAAACAAUCGAACAGGAGAAACAAGCAGGUGAAUCACAAUGA